AUGUUUUCUGCGGACCCGGAAUGUACCUGCGAUCCGUCUCCUGUGGAGAGACAGAGACGCGAAGAAACCGUCGCUGGCCAAUUCGACGUCCCCGUACCACUACACCUCCCCUCCCCGUACCACUACGCCUAUCCCUACUACCGGUACCAGCACCUCGCUCCGUCCCGCGGCGUUAGAGGCGGUGAAGGUGGACCCCCGCGGCCCAGGGUCGAGUCUUCGAGGUCGGUCUCCGUUCCCGUCCGCUUCGUCGGUUCCGACCCGAAGCCGGUGCGCGGUGCGGCCAGAAUGCCACCGACGGCGGUGCUGAGGAAGCGGGCGUCGUCGUCGGAGGCGGCGGCGAUUAGGUUGCAGGCCGCGACGCGCGGGUUCAUGGCGAGGAAGUCGGUGUGUGCUGUUCACGAGGUGGAGCGUGAGGCGGCGGAGGUCGGGGAGAAGGUUGCGCGCGAGGCAGAGGCGCCACGCGGGGACGCGAGGGCGCGGAUCGCCGUCGGGGAGGCGCUGAUGAAGAUGCUGCUGCAGCUCGAUGCAGUGCGCGGCGCGCGGGAAUACCAGAAGAGGGUCACCAAGAGGGUCCUCGCGCUGCAGGAUGCUGUUGACGCCCUCGAACCAAAGCCGACGUCGAAUUCGGAGGUCGUGGCGAAGGAGAACGAGUCCGAGGUGACGUCCGAGAUGGCGGACGACAGCGCGGAGGCGAUGGAGAUGUCGGACGCCGCGGAGCACAGCAGCGGGAUUGAGGUGAAUGCAGCGGCUGAGACGGUUGCCGAUAUGGAGGUGGACGGGGGUAAAGCUGACAGCGAGGCGGUGAAGGAAUCCGAAAAUAUGCAGGACGAUGGGCACAUUAACGACGACCAGACGGAAGUAUCUGAUGAGGGCGAAUGGGAGAUGGUGGCGGAUGAAGCGAAGCCUACAACUGCGGCGACGGGGUCCACCGAGGCGCUCCCGCAGGCAUUGAUGACGAGCGAGGUGACGAGGACGACAGGGGAGGCCGGAGCUGCCGACAACGUCCUGGACACUCGGAAGGUUAUGGAGAUGGUCGAGGCCCUAUGCGCGAACACGCAGCAAUGCGCGGUGAUCGGGGCUCUAGCGGAGCGUGUGGACGCGCUUGAGUGCACCGUGCGGCGGGUGGAGGACGUCGAGCGCCGCCGCCGGCGGGGCAAGAAGCUGAAGAAGGAUGGGAAGGGGAACAACAUGUGCUACAUCGAUUAAGGACAACUCUACUUUCCUUAUCUAUAGCGACGGAAUAUUAGUUGUUUAUUGUUUUGUAAAUUUCGUUUAAUUUGUUUUUGUGCCCCCAAAACUACCGGGGAUGGAUGUUUGUUUCCAUCUUGCAUCGAGAAAUAAAACGAUGUCUUCAUUUU